AGCGAUAAGUAGCAUGUGAAGGUCUCGCUUAGUUGAAGAGACGAGCAUGUAGGAGCUUUUCAUAGCAUCUAUGCCGUAGAAGUCGUUCCCGGUACAACUAUUUUCUUCGCCGCCUAUGUUCUCGCACCACCUUGCUUUGGAGCAAUCGGCUUCAGUCGACAUCGCUCCUGUUCACGGGGCGGCCACGACGUCGUCAUCUUCUGUGGCCACAGAUGGUGCACGUGCAGAAGCAGAAGGAACUUCUGCAGCGCCCUUCUAUCCUUCGUUCCACACCCCCGGUGGCUCCUCACACGAGCCAAGCUCGGCAGAUGGUAGCAAAAAGUCGGUAGAUAUGGCGGUACAACAAGAGGGAACGUGCAGCACAAAAGCAAACCACCAGCAGCUGUGCCAUCAUGAGUUUGUGUCAGCCUAUGGCACGUCCUCCUCGUCUUCAGGUCCGGGCUCGGACCAGGACAUUAACAACAGCAGGCACUCGUCGAAAAGACGGGGCGACUUUUCUUCCGAGGUUUUUGAGGAGACAACUACGGGAGUUCUUCUCGGAGCCGAAGGUGGCGACGUGUUGUCUCGCACGGUCGUACUAAUAAAGAAUCCCGCUCAAGAACAUCAGCACCCGCCAGCACAUCAGUCUUUCUCCUCCAGUCCGAUGCAAAAGCUUUUCAACAAGCGCUUCAAAACCGGCGGGUCGUCUUCCUCGACCGCACCUCGACGUUCUACGGCUGAUGUGUCCCGAGACUCGUCUCGGGUGAUAAAAACAAGCACAACAGCUGCAAGAACUUCUGUUCUAGGCAGUAGGUCCAGCGUGACAAGGACAAAGACGAACAAGAAUCGGUUCUGUUUUUACGACGUGGACGAGGUGGAUAAUUCUCUCUCUCCCGGAAAAACAACUUCUCCCAAACCACCCAGUAGCAGCAGUAGUCCGGGCAAGAUGAAGUUGAAAGAGAACUACAGCAGUAGCAAAGGCAGCAGCUCUGGAGUUGUGGCCGCAAGUAGAUCAGCGAAGGUGAUGUUGAAUAAAACACCUGCUGGUAUAAAAAUUUCGCGACAAGCACAAGUAGAUAGGAUCAAACAAGUUUGUUCACCGGACUACUCGCGAACACCCGAAAGUGGUCAGAGCCGCAGCAAGACCCCGCCUCCGAAUAGUACAACGGAACUACAGCAGGAUGAAAGAACGCUUUCAAAGCAACGGGGAAAUAAGGAGGAAACCGAAACGAAAAGCAAGAAGAUGAACAACAUGGGAGCAGGAGAUCCUGCAACAUCAAAGAAUAAGAAGGACUUUGUGUCUCCCGCCGACGCACCAUUCGUCGAUUACCACGCGGCACAGUUAGAAUUGGAGAACUACCUAGCCAAUCUUCCGGACGAAAUAGCCGAUCACAUGCUUCUAGCGGAUCACAAUGUUAACGCCGGGACAGUCUUUGACAAGGCACUGUCGAACCCGUCGAUUCUGCUUAUGGUUUUCUCAAACGGUUGUACAUCUUCAACUGUUACAUGAAUAGAAUUUGUGAUGCAAGAAUGGCAAACGCAAACCAAAAGUGAAAGGGGGGAGCAGCUGGGGCUUGCUUUUCUCCCAUCACAAAUAUGGCAUUAAGCUUUCCGCGCUGUUUGGUCGUUCAAGAAUUUGUCAUGCGAAGUAGCGUAGCCCUUGCCGUAGCCCUGAUGAUGCUGAUGGUGAUUUUGCAUGCCAAAUCAUGUAAAGAGUUCAGAGUGUAACGCUUGAGCGUCCCAUGCUGCAGCUCGACGAACAGAUGGUGGAGGAAAUCGUCGUCGGCAGCAGCGUAUCAACUGCAAAAGUAUCGCACUCGUAGUAAUUGCAGCCAUGCAUCACAAAUUUCUUCUUUAAGACAAAUCCGCAUUACAAAUUUUAGUUCUCAUGCUGAGGAAAUUUGCAAUGCAUUUAUACGAGUACACGAUACUCCAACUUUUGCAAUUCAUACAGCAGCUCGAAAUGCAGUUCGGUUUUAUCUGAUGACUUGCCGCGAAGAGAAGUUCCGGUUUCCACCCCACUGGCAGAUCAAGAUCUUCCAGAAGAUCAAAAUGAGGAUGGUGUGGUGUUGAUUGCGAGUCCGGUCAAGGAUGUGGAGGAUAGAACUGCUGCUCUAGCUGCUGCGUCGGGAAACAAGAUGAAGAAAGGAACGAGCGCGGGGAAGGGAAAAGGAAAAGCCGCUUCAGCGCCGGCACUAGGAAGGGAAAAUUUGAAAGGUGAAACACGAGACGCAACGCCCGAUUACACUAGGAAGAACAAUAACAACGGUGGGGUACUACUAACGCCCGGCACUGCAGCAGGAGUGUGGAGACCAAGCACGAGAAACAGCAGCACUGGACGGGACUCCUCUCCAAACAGAAAGAAGGCCGCCCUGCAGCCGGCGCCACGAGUAGAGACUUCGGAGCAAAAAGCGAUUUUGGACGUAGCAGUGCAGCUCUGGGAAUUCGCAACAGGGAGAGUACAUAGAUACUUUUAUUUAAAUAUUAGAUACAUUUAUUAUUAUUUUGAUUUUUAGCGGAGGCUUGGGGUUCCUUUUUGCUAUAUCACCCGUGUGCCUUAGCGUAGUGUCAUCUGCGCUUGAUGUGUUUGCGUUCAACAGUUUUUGCGCGAGUUGAAGUCGCACGUAUGGAGCAGGAACCAGCAUGAUUGCGCCAUGGAUAAAUCAAAUCAGCGAUCGCCGACGGCCCGUGCGGAUAUUAACAACACUACGACAUCCUCUUCCUCCUCCUCCGCGAAUCUCUUUUCCGAUGAAUUGCUGACCAGAAGCCAGCUAAGCCUCACGGCCCUCCAGGAAUUUGCGGAGUUGCUUGUGAAACGGAAGUGUCUUGUGUCCGAUAACAACACCUUCACUGUUCUCUACAGCCGUGAUUUCCAGCACCGGAACGUGAGCAACGAGCUGCCGAUCGGGAAAAGGGUGUCCGCCGGCCUGGUGCGGGCCCUGCAGCACAAAUUGCUCCUGGUGAAGCCCAAAUCGGCAAACCUGGACGAGUCCAGGCAGGCCCCGAAGAGCCCGACUUUGUCGGAGUACCUGCAGUUCUGCGUCGCGCACAAGUACUUCGAGCGGGAGAGGAAGCCGUGGCCGGUGCAGAACCUGGUUUCGUACGCGGUGAUCUUCCACCGCUAUUCUGAGCCGCAGCUGAUUGCCUUCGAGCAGAACGUGCUGGCGUCGAAACAGCUGACGGUGACCAGUUCGGAUUGUGAACCGGAGGAGGAGGUUGUGGCGAACGGAGAUUUUUCAAAAAACGGCAGUUACGUGUACAAGGGCAAGCCGUUUUCCAGUCCGUUCCUGCAGGGGUUGCACGCAAAGGUGCAGGUCGCGAAGCAGAAUUACAGCGAAGUGAGGCGAUCGUGGAAGCACACCAACAGAAGAAAAAAGUCGCACACGGAAAUACAGAACAAGCCGAGAGGUGCUUCGGUUAAUACUGGUGGAGGGGAGCAAGAUGUUCUUCUUGAACAUCAAGUAAAAGCACCAACAGCAGCGGCAGCUGAGUUCCCCCUUGAUGUUCUACUUCCCUGCUCUGAACGAGAUGAAAAGCAAAAGCGCGCGUCUUUGGUAAAAACGACAGCCGCUGGAGCUAUGAAGUCAUCUGGUCCUCCAAGCUCGACGUCGAUAUUACCGCGCGCAAAGCACAAGGCGUUGAAAAUGCAAAUAGCUACCGAUCCUCGAAUCACAUCAGUGGUCGAGUAUCACAAGGAAAAGAACAACCUUGCUGAGGCAAAAGCAGCGAGGAAAUCCAUAGGAACUUCUGGAGGUUCUUCUGGACAAGGAUCUGUAGGAGCCUCGCCAACAUCAAACUCACGCCCCUCGUCUCCCUCUAACAUUAACCUCUCGCGGCCAGGCCCAGGGCCAGCACCCCCGCCUCUGACCAGCAUAACCAGCACGAACACGAGGAUUCGAGAGCGCGCGGACAGCAUAACCGCAGCGAAUAGCGAGGCUUUGAAGAAGUUCGUCGCAGUCGCGAAGCAGGGCACUUCUCGUCGCGGGACGACGACGAGAGCGGGGAAAAGUAAUUACAGUAGCAGUAAUUAUGCAACCAGGCUGUCCGCGCCGCCGGCGCCCGGUACUAGCAGUAGUAAUGCUGGUGGUCUACUUCUGGGUGAUUCUAGUACAACUUCUGCAACGUCAAAAGCGGAAAAUCUUCAACGAAAUAAAUCCGAAGAACCAGGAUUUACCUCGCCGUUCACAAAAGCGAGGAAUUCUCCACACCACGAGACGAAACGGUCAGAUUCCAAAAAAGUGGUUUACGUGGUGCAUCAUCCGAAAGGACGCGGAGGAAUCACCACGGAAAAAGCGAUUGAAAAAAAGAGAAAUUCCGCUGGCACUACGGCUGAUGGUCCUAGUAGUAUGGUCGUGCAGAUGAAUCCACCGCAGGCCGAGGAUUUGGUAGCGCACGUCGUUGACAUUGACCCUCUCAUCUCUGCGACUACAAAAAUUGCAGGUCCAAAGAGCCGAUCUUCCUCCCCAGCGGGUGUCGGUGGAGCUCCUCCAAAAGCUGCGCCCACGGCAGGAGCGAAAGCCCCCAGUGUGAUAUCUUCUAGUGUAGCUGGGCCGAGCAAAAUCGGGCGAGCCGCGACUAGUACAACUCAGAGCUUGUCUACUAUUCUAGACGACCGUGCCUUACCGAAGAAGUCUGGUGUGGAAAUUCGUCACAGUCGGAAAGUAGACACGAAAGUUCCUCGCUUCUCCCACAAAGCAGUAGUAGAUUCUGCACACGCAGGAGCACAACUACAUCAUCCACUCCAUGUGUAUAAACCUCCACCAGAGGCGUUGUUUCCGGAGAUCGAAGUAGAACUUCCGAAGCAGCCAGACGUCCCAGAAGUUGCCACGUCUACCACGACUAAGAAAGACGACAAGAACUACGGAACGUCCAGCGAGGAAUCGAUGCGAAUCAACGCCGUGAACGAAGCCAAGAGGGACAGGAGUUUGAUUUUGUCCGACAGCGACGUCGCCGCGGGUGAUGAUGUGGAUGAGGAAGAAAUUAUGGGCACGCGAACCGAUUUGCUCUGCCCCGAUAAGAAGCCACAGCGGGACGAUGAAAAAAUGAAGCAGGCCGGCGGGGUCGUGGAACAACAGACCAGUGGCAGUGAGCGUGCUGGUGCGGUAGAGCGAAUACCUAUGCUAGUAGACGAGGAAAUAAUUACAACGGGAAGUAAGAGAAUAAACUCGCCACGAGGACAAGCGGAACCACCACGACCGGAUCGUGAUGUUGAGCCAGUGACUGUAACGGUGUUACUUCAGCAAGUAGCCGAGGAGGUGGAGGCAAUGAAAGUAGACGAAAAGAAGAACGGUCUAGCUCCAGGCCUGCUUCCAGAUGACGUUCUUCCCGGUAUCUCCUCUACCACGCGGCCACCCCUCGCGAAGCCGCCGGAGUUGGAAAAAGAUCAAGUUCGGUUCGAAGGUUUGAUGCGGUUCGACGAGGAUGAAGUCCACCACGACUUGAGCUCUUCUAUUCUGACAAAGGCGGAACAAAUGGAGGACGGUGCCGGAACUACGCUUGAAGGUCGACGUAGUACAACGACUUUACCCGGCGGCAGAGUAGGAUUACUGGAAGAGCAAGUCGACGCGGCGGGCAACAACAGCCCGAACAUGAUCAAUAUGCUCCCUGCAACAAGAAUUUUCAAUACACCUACCGAAGACGACGACCACACCAUUACAACUUCGGUGCCCACCCGCACCCCCUCCGUCGGUCCCGGGUCGCGGAAAACGUACAAAUUCAUGACGAGAGCGAACACGGUGGCGCGGAUGAGCAUCCACGAGACGAUAGACGAACGGAUCGAGCACGGCAGGUUAAGGAGGGAGAGUCACGUAUGGGAGUGUCAGAAUCGAAAUUGACAAAAUCGAAAAAUUUGUGAUGCAUAAAAUCGAUACCAGUUGGAGCCUCAGUUUCCAAUGGGCGCAUGACAAAUCUUGGGAGCACCGAAAUCCAGUCUGUCAUGCUGUUUGGACAACGAAGACUGCUCCUGUCAUGCUAUUCUGGCAGCGCAUUGCAUACCCCUAAACAGGGGCGCAAUCGGUCUCAUUUGCCUGCUCCCCAAUACAGGCCUUCAGUUCCCUACAUUUUAUGCAUCACAAGUUUUUCGAUCUUGUCAAUUUCGAUCCUGACACUCCCAUAUCACGUGAGUGGAAAGGUCGAGAAAACCUUGCACAAGCGAAACAACUCCCCAACACGACUUUCCAGAGCGUCUUUGGAGGACUCGGAGGGUGGAGCAGGCGGAGAUAGUGCAACUUCUAUGCACGAGAGCCACAUGAACAUUCCGUUCGGCUUUGCGCCCCGACCACGGUCUUCCAAGGACAAUAAUUCCUCGAAAGUUUCUGUUUCUUCCGUUUUAUCGAAUUUGGGGGCUGCACCGGUCCCUUCACCAUCAACAUCUGCGCAGAAGCAAGCCGUCGCUGUCGUGAGCACACCGUCGCCGCCCGUGCAGGACAGCAAACGUCAAAAAGCGAUACUGCCGCGGUUGCGGUUGAGCAAGGUUACGGGGAGCAGAGGAACUUCGUUGUUGUGGAGAUCAAUACCACCGAGAAAAUGGAGGGUUGAUGAGGUAUUAAAGGAUCUUUGUCGCGUUGGACGACUGCUUGUGAUUCUAAUGGUGGCUCCUGUGAAUAAAUGUGGUUGACACGAUGAAACUUAAACUUUAGCUUAUCAGUCAACUGGAUGAAGAAGAAGAUGAUGAUCAACUACAAUUUAGCGUACUAUCAAGAAGCGACGUACUAACACAAACACACUAACUAUCCAGGUUAUCGGCUUCGCCACGGACGUCCUCGACUCCACGUGCGCCCAGUGUUUAGGCGACAACAAGUAUGACAGUGCACAACUCCCCGUCCCCCUCAUUGUCAUUUGUCAUGCAAAAUACCAAACUCACACCUCGCUCGUAAGCGCUGCUAGCAUGACAAAUUUUGGAACCUCAAAUAGGACUAAAAUCUGCAUGCAGAUUCGUCAUACGAAAGCCCCUUUUCUGCUGUUGCUUGUGUUGCUGUUCAUGCAACACACAUGAGGGACGGGAGCGACGUUGUGCACUGUCACAACAAGAUCACCGGCAAAGUUUUGCUCAGCCUCACGGACGCGGACGUGGAGGCUUUAUUAGGGCCGAAAAAAGUGCCGGCGGCGAAGAAACAGAUUCUGCUGUCGCACUGUCGCGCCUUCAAGAAGCUCCGGGACCCGGUGGCCACGGUGAGCCGGAUACUGCGGCAGUAAAUAACUUCUUUUGAUGAAGCAGAGGAUGUUCUUGAGCAUGAGCCUCAUGAGGGAUCACAGAAGUAGGAGCAAGAUGCAGUGGCGACGUGUUGAUAUAUGUGAAACGCAUCAAUUCAAUCGUACAGAUAAAGUUUCGAAGAAAUGACUUUUACUUUUACACACAGACCCAGAUCCACUGCAGUACAACAUGCUUGAUUUUUCCGAAGCAGUGCAAUGCCAAUGCAUGUCGUAGACAGACUGUAACACUAAAAAAGAAACACUAACAUCGCAAAAUUAACCCUUUAAGCUUGUGCUUGUCAUGACCAAGGACGAGGUCAUCAACAGGAUGAAACUGAUUGCUCAAGAAGAAAGUGAAGAUUGCAACUGUAUUUACAAAAGAACUGUGCGUGUAAGUUGUAAAAAGAAAAACGUCACCCAUCGUCGUUAACCCAUCCCCAUUCUCAACAUACACGAUGCGUUUUUGAUUUUAUCCCCUGCACUCUGCUAGUACGACGUUGCGGCAACCUAGUGGAGCAAGACAAUAGAACAGCAGCAUUUCGCUCUCCG